CUUCAAUAAUGUACAGAGUCUAUCAACCAGCACUCUGCGAGGUGUACCAGCUUAGUUAUUUUAUUUGUUGAAAAAUUUCAAUGGAGUUGAGGCUAGUAUUUUUGGUUAUUUUCGUGACGGUGCUUGAAAUCGCUUGCGCGGCAAACUAUUGCGACAAAUCACUUUGUGGUUCCAGCAAGCACAUCGCAUGCAACAAUAAUGGGCGAUUCGCAGCGUCCUGCCGUAAUGCCGCCAUGGUGACCUUAACACAGGCAAAUAAGAAUUUAAUAGUUCAAGAGCACAACAAAAAACGCAACCUGGUGGCGAGUGGUAAGACGAAAUUAAAGGCGGCAUGUCGUAUGGCCACCAUGCAGUGGGACAAUGAAUUGGCCUCACUGGCAGCGCUGAAUGUCAAACAGUGUCAAAUGAAGCAUGAUGCUUGCCGCAAUACGAAGGCCUUCAAGUUUUCGGGACAGAAUUUGGCUUGGUCCAGUUACUAUGGCGCACCGAAUAUACCGGAUAUGUUGCGAAAAUUCAUCAAUAUGUGGUACAAUGAAAUCAAGGACACUACUAUGGCGCACAUCAAUAAAUAUCCCAGCAAUUAUCGUGGACCCGCCAUUGGUCAUUUUACGGUUAUGGUUGGCGAAGCAAACAUUCGCGUGGGUUGCGCCCUCUCCACUUACUCAGUGCCGGGUCAACCAUAUAAGGCGUGCCUCAUGGCCUGCAACUAUGCAACAACUAACUUGAUCGGUGCCCCGAUGUAUAAAUCGUGUGCAACUGGAGCGUCAGGUUGCAAGAAGGGUAAAAAUACGGCCUUUCCUUUUCUGUGUUCGAAAUCCGAAGUUUAUUAAUUCUUGAAAUAUAUGUACAUACUAUAUUUGCGGGCAA